GAUCGUCAUCUACCUCCCUCGCGCACGCACACAGCCCCAGGCGCGCGCGCGCCAAGUACUCGUUUCGGCCCGUCGAAUGCACGAAUCCGCGCGCGCGCGCGUGUUUAGCGUACCCAUACCCAAUCUCUCUCUCUCUCUCUCUCUCUCUCUCUCUCUCUACACACACACACACACACACACGCUUAGUGCGUUCGUGAUAGCUACUUUAGGUGCCUCUCUCCCCUUGCAUUGAUGGCAUGUCGCUAUCCCCUUGCAACAGCAGCAUAUGUGAUGGGGGCUACGGCUUCUGCCAAGCUCCACUGUCACGGGGGCACACGUGUCGCCCACGUCAGCAGGAAGAAAGGUGCCACCGACCACCUCACCGGCAUGAUAUCCGUACCGGCAGGCAGGUGCUUGGAGGAUUAGUAGCUAAGGAAAGAGGAGGUGGAAAGACACUGCCACAUGGGCAGGCGGUGAGACCUUCGGGCCAGCGGCGAUGCCUCUUGUCGUCUUGCAGCCUAUCCUCGGGGGAACAACCUGUAGGCUUUCGAGAUGGUGGUGAUCCUAUGUGUCUCCAAAGUGGGGAUCAUCUGCUUGCGCAGGCUGUAGCAGGCGACGCGGCUGCAAAUGGCCUUGUCCUUGAUUGGAGGAGAUGUAAGACUUUUCUCAGAUCAGGGAAAAGUCUAGUCUCCCGCUCUGUGUCCAAGGACAUGAUGGUCUUCAGCACAAUUGCCGACAUACUGCUGCAGUUCAAGCCCACAGCAAUGGGCCUGCUCCCAUUCAGUGAAUUCAGUGAAUUCAGUGAAUGGUCCUCUCCCGCACACUACAGCCGUACAGUGAGGAUGGCUCCUCCUCCUCCUCCUCCUCCUCCUCGACUUGCACCUUCUUGCACCAGGCGAAGCACAUUGCUUACAAUAGCAGCAGGCUUGGCAAUGCAGGGUGGACAUGCCUCAGCGUCAUCAGAGGAAAGCCUAUCCGUUGGAUCACAGAUCUUAAGGGGCCUUGGCCUAGGAGAUCCUGACAUUUACUACCCAAGGGUCUUCCAAGGAACUUGGGAUUGCUUCUCUACUUUGGUUUCUGUUGAUACCCCCCAGGCAAAGUUGAGAAUCGCAAAUGCGACAUCUUUCUGUAACCCCAAAGACUUAGGAUGAACAGUGCUACCGGACCAAAUGCCUGGCUGAGCCAGUCAAAGAAAGAUAAAAUUUGGUCCGGUAG